GUCUAUUGAUCGUAGAUGGUAGAUUAGUGGUCCCAGAGACAACUAAUGUCAUGACAGUCCAUCGUAUCACAUUAAUUUUGCCAAAUCCCAGCUCUCAUAGCAAUCUCAGAGAUCUGCACGGUGUGCACAAUUAUCCUGGAGAUGAAUUGGGGUAUUUGGUAGCCCUCUGA